CUUUUGUUAGUUUGGUAAUCGUCCCGUCCAAUUUGAUCAACAUUUGGACCACCAUGUCGGAGAAUGUGUGGCAACUGUAGACGCUACAAAAGUUGAGAGGCAACCCAAGCAAAAGGCAAGACCGUUAUGUUAUGGAUACGAUAGCGAGUCGUCGGGUGAAUGAGUUCUCCGGGAGGAAGAGGCAGCAGAAAGAAGCGAGGCCCUGCAGGGUCCCCGCCCGACGGAGGGGACACUUGCGACCAGGUGUCACUACAUAAACGAACUUUGUACUACUUCUCCUACCCACUGCUGGCGUUGUUUGCAGUGCUCCGUGUCCUCGUCUUGCAUUUUGGCGUACUCUUCGCCUGGCUUUGCGAGCGGCUGUCUCGUGCUAUGGCUGCGAGACCCAAACAACGGGCAGCAGACGAGCAUGUGAUCAAGGUGUGCGAGCAGGACAGCGGCGAGCAGAUCCGAAACCACCACAAACAAGCAUUCGAGUACAUCUCAGUGGCUCUGAGAAUUGACGAGGAUGACAAAGUGCACAAGGAGCAGGCAGUCCAGUGGUACAAACGCGGAAUCGCAGAGCUCGAGCGGGGCAUCGCGAUCGAGGUAGCUGAAAGCGGCGAGAAAUGUGAACGUGAUAAACGUCUACAGGCCAAGAUGAUCACCAAUCUGAUCAUGGCAAAGGAUCGCCUGGAGCUUUUAGCAAAGCUGCGUUCAGGGCCAGCUCAGAGAGACAUCUUUACAGAGAGCUCAAACCAGUCGUACCAUAACGGGCAUCUACGCUCAGUAAAUGGAGCCGUACCCAAAAAGAGGGACUCCCUGACUACUCACUCCAGUCACUCCCUCCCACGACCAAAGCAUACGCCAAAAAACCCCUUGACGGCAGGCCACAGGGGCCACCAGCACUCCCCCAGCUUCAGUGGGCCCUCUAGUAGUCACACACAGCACAGACCGGCCCCCCAGUCCAACAGCAACAAGGGUAAAGUGGGCAACCGGCCAAACUGUAAACCCACCACUCCCACAUCCAUGUCCCCACUGAAGAAGAGGGACGUGAAGAACUUGAAGAACGUGGACAGCAAGCUUGCCAACCUCAUCCUCAGUGAGAUCAUAGACAGUGGCUCAUCAGUGAGGUUCGAGGACGUUGCUGGCCAGGAGCUGGCUAAGCAGGCCCUACAGGAAAUAGUCAUCCUGCCUGCACUGAGGCCAGAGUUGUUUACAGGCUUGAGGGCUCCAGCACGAGGCCUUCUCCUCUUCGGUCCUCCUGGCAACGGAAAGACCAUGCUGGCUAAAGCAGUGGCCAUGGAGUCCAACGCCACGUUCUUCAACAUAAGUGCAGCCAGCUUGACCUCGAAAUAUGUGGGGGAGGGAGAGAAGCUGGUGCGAGCUCUGUUUGCCGUCGCCAGAGAACUGCAACCCUCGAUCAUCUUCAUAGAUGAGAUCGACAGUCUACUCUGUGAGAGAAGAGAGGGAGAACAUGAUGCCAGCAGACGUCUGAAGACCGAGUUCUUGAUUGAAUUUGAUGGGGUGCAAUCUGGUGGGGAUGAGCGGGUGUUGGUGAUGGGUGCCACCAACAGGCCUCAGGAGCUGGACGAGGCUGUACUUAGACGUUUUGCAAAACGGGUGUACGUGGCUUUACCAACAGAAGAGACACGGCUAAAACUGGUCAAGAACCUUUUGGGGAAGCACGGGAAUCCUCUCGCACAGAAAGAACUGUCCCAGCUCGCCAGAAUGACAGAAGGCUACUCUGGCAGUGACCUGACCUCACUGGCCAAAGAUGCGUCCCUCGGUCCCAUCAGAGAGUUGCGUCCAGAACAAGUCAGGAAUAUGGCCGCAAACGAGGUGAGGAAUAUCCGGUUCUCUGAUUUCGUGGAGUCACUGAAGAAGAUCAAGAGGAGUGUCGGACCACAGACGCUGGGCCUGUAUGUGCGCUGGAACAAGGACUAUGGGGACACCACGGGUAUAUGAGACGAGAGGGGACACGCAUACAGCAGCUUGAAAAGUGUUUUAAACAGAGAUUUUUUUGAUAUUGUUUUACUUUAACGCUAAGGUCAUAGGACUGUUCUAAGAAACAAUGUAUUGUGUGUUAUGUUGUCUUCCAAACUAUUAUAGUCAGUGAUUUUAUAAAUAAAUAUCAAUAUAUUUAAAUUUGAAAUGAUUAAUAAAACAGUACCUUGAGACAAGGCACAUGUAUAGUGCAUUCGGAAACUAUUCAGACCCCUUUACCUUUUCCACAUUGUUACGUUACAGCCUUAUUUU